GCAGAAGAGCAGCGUGUUGUGGAAGGUGCGCCGCGGCCGCGCCCUGGACUCGGACUGCCGAGUCCAAGUCCGUCUUGCGACCCUCAACGCCACCAUCGCUCCCUCUGACGGUCCCGCGUGCCUGUGGCCACGCACUGAGCCUUCAACUGGGGAUACGCCCCCCAGCGGGCUACGCGGCGCUAUGGCAACGUAGGGCGGGGCCUGGGCGCAAGGGGCGGAGUGCACCUGGGGGAGGUCCGGGGGGCUGUGCCUGCAACGGAGGCGGCGCGCCUGUGAGCUUCUGCUCGAACCCGGCGGCCCCCGAUCCUCCAGUUGCGGGAAGGAAUUAAAACCAGGAAGCAGGGGCCGCAGAGAACUCUUCUUCCCUACGUACAGUCAUUCCGCAAAUAUUUGUGUAGUGUCUCUUCCAAGCACUAUUCCAGGCGCUGGGCAGGGCGGGUAGCAAGACCCAACCCUGACCUCCUAGUCCCAGUGGUCAAGACGGGGGCGGGGCGCGGAGAGUUACACUAAUAAAUGUUCACUUACAAACUAUGGUGCGGAGGGGGCCAUAACAGGGCGUGGUAAAUGCAGGUGGCCUCCUUGAGAAGGUGACCCUUAUGCAGAGGCCUGAAAGAUACGGGGCAGUCAAGGACAAGGCUGGAGGUGGGAGGUCUCAGCCCCUUGCAUAGGCUGAAAGGCGGGGGGACAGGACCUGGGGAGAAAUCCAGAGGUGGGCAAGGGCCCGCCAAGGACCUUGUCAGCUGCCUUGGGAACUGGGAAUCUAUUCUGAGAGCUGUGGGAAGGUACUGGACAGUUUUGGGUAGGGCUACCUCUACCUGAUCCCAUUUCUGUUUUGCAAAGAUUUCUCUGGAGAGUCAAUUUCAUGGGAGCAAGUAAGGAACAUGGGCAUUAGGUGGGGGGUGGGGUGGCGGGCUUGUAGUUGCCCAGGUGAGAGAUGAGGGUAGGGGCUAUGGAGAGGGGAAGAGUGGGAAGGAUCCAGGGUUGUGGGAAGUGUGGAAGCAGGGGGCUCUCAGUGGGUUAGUUGAGGGGGCCUCAGCAGCCUUCUAGGUCCCUGGCUGUUAGUAAACUGGCCCUUCCCUCGCCUCUGUCCUUUGUCUUCCAGGGAGCAGGGUCUGUUCCUACCUGACGCUGCCAGGCCAGACGCCCUCAGCACAGCCCCCACUGAGAUCGGGGAGAGUGAGACAGUUGGGCUAAAGGCACUCUGAAAAUCAGGCCCAUGCAGCAGGUGUUCACUGUCCAGGCCAAGACCAGUGAAGGUUUGAAAGCUUCAGAGAGAGCCGCUGGAGGGACACACAAAAGCCCUUUGUCCAGGCCACGUGGUUUCCUGGAGGGAUGCCCUAGACACCGACUCCUCCCUGAGGGGUUUGGGGUGGGGUCCCAACACAGAGCUGGUGGCCUCAACAGCAGGAGGAACACUGUGCACCAAGGUUAGAUGCAGCUCAAGGUUAGAUUCAGAAAUCUCCCCUGAAAGAAAGAAAGCAGCCCAGAAUUGUGGGGUACCUGGGCACAUCCUCGGGAGACUACAGGAUCUUCUCACCAUCCCAGUGGGGGAAUGGUCACUCCUGAUCUCAGAGGCUGUGUUUGCAGUAACUUGUAAUAAAUUAUAAAUUUAGAGGCAACUCUCAAAACAAUCCUAGUCACCCCCCCCCCCCCCCAAGUGCCAGUGACUGUAGAGAUGGAUGGACCACCACAGGGAGGGAAACCUCUGGGGUGAGCCUGUGAGAUCCGACCCUCCCCAACACAUACAGAAAAACUGACAGUAUUCACUUAAUACAAACUUCCUCCUUUGUGACUUGGGGACAUUAAGAAAUCUUCCCUCCCAGGUGAGGAUUAAGCCGUUCCUGAUGACAACUGUGUUAGCUGUCCAGGCAAGUUCAAAGGCGAUGCAGGGGGCACCCCUUGCAGGAGGCUCUCGCCAACCCCACCAUUAUGCGGGACUGGGAGAGCAGGGAGGGUGGGCCAGGCCUAGCGGCACUUUGAUGGUCUCUGCCUUCUCCACCUCCCAGGGCAGCAGUCCCAGCCCCUCCACCGCCUCUGUGCUCCCCCUCCUACUCGCCAAGUCCUGUGCUCCUGCUCCUCCAUCCAGAUUUCAAGUGGAGGCCCAAUGAGGAAGCUAAGGACAGGGGGAGGGCAGUGAGGGAAUGCCCCUGGCAGGUCUGAGGCAUCAGGGGAAUUCCAACCAGUCUUUCCGGGUGCCCAGAAGCACCUCCAGUCCCUGUGCGGCUAGGGAGCCCGCGGGCUAUUCUACCACACGCUGCUGACUCCAGAAGCCUAGGACCUGGGCCCGUGAGACCACAGCUAUGGUGGGCCCUCGGCACCCAGUGUCAGUCCGUGCAGCAGCUCUGGUGCAGAUAGAGAAGCUCCAAAUGUUCGCCUUCUCUGUGUGCUGGUCGGAUGACAGCAACACCUUGGUGCGGAGGAGCUGGGACGAGUUUAAGAGACUCCAUAAGAUCCUCAAGGAGACCUUCCCGGUGGAGGCAGGCCUGCUGCGGAGAUCCGACCGAGUUCUCCCCAAACUUCCAGAUGCUUCUACAUCACUGUUGGCGCGUGGGGGGCGCAAAGGCCGUGGCCUGGCGCGCCUGCAGUUGCUGGAGGCCUAUUCUCGGGCGCUGCUGGAGGCAGAGCAAGUAUCCAGGGGGCCAUUGCUCACCGCCUUCUUCGAGCCACAGCUCCAGGACCUGGAGCCUUCACUACCACUUGGCAGCCUGGUGAUCCUGCCCGUCCUGGAAGAGCCCCCACCCCGCCCUGUGGGCAGUCUUGCCAUAGGCAGCCUGGAGGCUCUGCGCCUGCACUGUCUGCAGCCCUUCAGUACCCAGGAUACACGGGGCCAACCCUUCCAUGCGCAGGCCCAGGAGGCCCUAGAUGUGCUGCUGCGACACCCCUCAGGUUGGUGGCUGGUGGCUAAUGAAGACCAGCAGACAGCAUGGUUUCCUGCUCCCUACUUGGAGGAGGUGGCCCUGGGCCAAGGACAAGACGGGAGACAGCCCUUAAGGAGUAGUGGCUCCCAGUUCUGUGCUUCCCAAGCCUACGAAGGCAGCCGGGCCGACGAGCUGUCAGUGCCUGCGGGGGCAAGAGUGCGUGUGCUGGAAAUGUCGGACCGCGGCUGGUGGCUGUGCAGGUUCGGUGGCCGCACAGGCCUUCUCCCCUCUGUGUUACUGCAGGCAGAUGGGCUCGGCACGCUUCUGAAUGGACCAGGGUUCCCUUCUGGGGCAGAGGGUGGAGAGAACAGGGCGGGGGAGGCCCAAAGCUCCCCUGAGUCCCCCCAGGUCAUGACACUUCCUCCUACUGUGCCAGCCCGCCCCCUGCUGAGUGCCAUUCAGAGCCGCUGCUGCACCAUCACCCGUAGGGCACUGGGGAGGGACCCACGGAGUCAGGGACAUCCUUGAGGGUGUGUGGAACCGCAUGGAGAGUGCUGUGUACCCCACAGCUGGAGGGGCCCGGCCAGAGGCUCCAGACCCCGGGGAAGACUGAUGGCAGCCACACCGCCACCAGGGCAGGGGGAGGGUGGGACUCUCUGGCUGGCAGGGCCAGGAAGCUACACUCUCCCAUUUCCUCUGAGUGAAGAUCUGAUUAACCCACACUCAGUGUCCACGCUGAGGGGCAGGGCCUGUUGGAUUGCACAGGCCAAGGCACCGGGGUGGUGUUUGGCCAAGGUUGUAGCUGGGACCUGGGGUGAGACAAAACCAAACCGACACAGGGAACUGGGAUAAAAACUCUGGUGUUUCAACAAAAAACAAAAAUAAAAAACAAACAAA